CAACGAGCGCGACGCCGCGACCGGGGACGACGACGAUGACGGGGAUGACGGCAGCGGCGACGGCGGCGGCAACAACGGCGUCGUCGCCGACAACGAGGACGACGCGAGACGUGAUUAGGAGGAAGAGGAAGAAGAAAAGGAAGCGCCUCCCUGCGGCACGCGCGCGCGCGAGAGAGAGAGACGAUCCAGCAUCCAGCUACGCCCGUGACAGCGUCUGGGCAACUACUGAGGAGAGGAUCUGCGCGGUUCCGGCGCAAGCUUUCGUUCCCGUUUUGACCAGACACGGCGCCACCGUGGACCAACCCUUCUCGACGAGGGAGAGAAAACGAGGAUUCCGGGGUGACACAGCGGGCCACGAGGAUAAAGACACGCGCGCGCGGUGCGGUUACUCUACUCCGUUACACGCGAGAGAGGAUAAACUUGAGCUGCCCUGAAAGCUAGCGUAGGAAGGCGGCCACAGAUUGCAUUUGCGCAUUGAAAUUUAAAUUUAUCGUGGUCGUGUAAACUGCACGACGGUAAGUGCAACGAAAUGCAGCAACACUCAGCUUAAAAUUUCAUUUAAUUAAAGUUCGUCGAAAACAGUUUUCGUCGCGCUUCUGGAUGCGACGUCGAUCGGGGCCACGAAGAUUACACGGCAGGUGAGUUAAACGCGGCAUCUUGCCGAGAUGAGUUUCGCACGGUCGAUACUACGUUACAAUAUCCGAGGCGACGUACUAACGGACCACCGAUAUUGAUAUCCUAUGUCGUUAAAAAGGCGAGGUCGCCCUUUACCCAUCGCGGCACGAUCGUCAGUAAAUUCGACGAGCUACGUGACGGGGCCUCGUUGCAAUUUACGGUUGAGAAUCAAAGACGAACAGACGAUAUUUUCGCGGAACGACAUCGUGAUCGGAAUCACGAACCAAUCCGAAAAUUUUCCGCUUUCCUAUAUAACGACAACAUAAAUUUACAUCUGACGUAAUAAUUUCAAGAAUAAGAGUCGCGACUACAUAUUGUAAACAGCCUUAUUUCAUUCUCUGAUAUAAAGAAUAGUGUAUCCAUACACAUAUCUAUAUUACACAUAUAAACAUAUAUACACAUGAUUUUUUAAAUAUAUACGUAAAAAAUUUCAUGUAAAUCAUUAUAGAAUAAAAAAUCAGUUUGUAAAAGAAUGCCGAUUAAAAAUCAGUGUGAUUAUAUUUUGAGUUCAAAUAAUUAGCAUCAGAUUUCUGUUGAUACUUAGUUUUGUAAAAUAAACAAAAGAUUAACAGAUACAUCGCAAUAAAAUGCAACCUAUUAAAAGUAUAACUAAAAGAAAACA